ACUCCGAGCAGUCCAUUGACGACCUUCUCUAGAUGGUGGGUUUCUGUAUUUUUAGUCAAUUAUCGUAACGAAUCGCAUUGAAAUUGUAGCAACUCCCUGGUGAAUGAGUUGGCCAGAUAUUUAUACUAUGGUUAGUCUAAAACAAGGACAAAUAUGCAUUUUUAUCACAACCACGUUAUCAAUUUCAACUCCAAAAUGCUAUAUAUAUAUAUAUUAUUUAUCUACUCAAAGCGUUAAACCAGCACUGACCACGCCCGUUUUCAGUUCUCUGACAAGAUCCCUGCUCACAACCUUCGAUCAUCAACCACACGUGGGUUUCAACUUUCCGCUUUGAUCAACAUUUCCGGACACAAGAAAUAGUCUGGCAGGCUCAGACUCUGCGCUGUCAACGCCCGCUCU